AUGCUAUCUAUUAGGGAGACGAUUUCAAGAAUAGGGAAAUCUAUACGGCAGAUCGACAAUGUUUCCAAAUCAAGCAAGACCAGACCCACUAUAAAUCCCCAUCGUCGUGGCCGGCUACUCCACAAAACCAACAACUACUUGCCCAACGAAAAACUUUCGGAACUCAAACCACUCUACACAGAUUUCCAAAGAAAAGUGUUCCAGGACUUUCUCAAACCAAUAGAGAUCCCCAACUUGAAAACGUUCAAUGCUAAAGAAGAGUACGAUAGUGCCCAGGCAUCAAGGAAUUGGUCGCAACGGUCUUCUACCAACCCACAGGACAUAUUAGCCACCUUCCACAAAGACAAAGCCGAGUUCGACAAAUUGAUAAAGUACUUGUUGGAAGUGACUCCACCACAGCUAAAAAAUAUCGACUACCAAAACGAACUGGCUAUGCGUCGAAUCCUAGACCAGCAAACCAAGGUCUAUGAUGUGCCGCACCACGCAUUUCACGAAAUCCCACCCAUACCGUCGCCACUAACCAAAGACUCCUUCGAACAAUACAUUUACCACCUAACUCAUUGCAAGUUUCACUAUAGAAACUCCCUGUCGUUGCAGUCUGGCAUUAUCCCCCAUAUCCUACUAUACACACACAAAACCACUAACGAAAAGUUUAGGCCAUUCCGGUCUACCACCACAUUCAAUUGGUUGAUCAAGUAUUUCGGUCACGACAAGAACCAAAGCUCGUUUGCACGAGAACUAUUGCUUGUGAUGAACAUAGAGGGACACUUGCUUAACACCGAAACAAUCAACUACCUCCUAAAAGUCAUUAAAGUGCAUUCAAGAAUCCGAUCAAACACAAGCUCGUUUACUUUGGCAUUAAAGUACCUAAAAUUGAGCCAAAAGUUGGGAAUAGAUGUCAACUUACUGACAUGGAGUAAAGUAUACGACAUUAUCGACAAUGUGCAUUUGAAGGAAACAUUUAUCAGUUUCAUACAGGAAAAUGGCAUACCCAUACUGAGAGGUUUACUAUUGAGAAUUAUCGACGACUUUGCUAGAGUAGCUCCGACAGCAGCCGACUUGACCUACUUUAUUGAGAAUGAUUUGGGGUAUGCGCAAUGGGAGCACGACGAUAUGAUACGAAAUAAAGUGAUAUUCCAUCUGGCACGUGCUAAUGGUGGGAAGUUUACUGGUGCUAACGAAUACGAUUUUAAGAGUUGGCUAUUGGGAUUGAAAAGUAGCGGCCAGCCACAAAAAGUCAUGUUGAUGCUACAACAGUAUUUUGAGAGAACAGUAGAGAUCCAUGAAACGCUUCCUAUAUUCACCAUCAUUAUCGAUACUUUGGUUGAAGAGUAUACAGAUAUAAGGCACUUAAAGCAGCUAGUGUUUGUUGUGCGAGGCAUGGUAUAUGAGGCUACUCGGGUGCUCGACUUACCAUGUGAAAUCAUCCAGUACACCGACUCGGCACAAACAAUUCCCGAAAAUUACAAGAUGCUUGCUCGAAGUCUGUAUGGCAAACUACACGAAUUGCAGGCCAGAGUUGAGUUCGCCAACAAUCAUACUUUUGAAAACAUACCCCCGCCAUGGCAAAUGCUCUCACAACAAGAAAUCGAAAGGUGGACCGUGUUGGUAAAGAACACCACCCAACUAUUCCCAGAAUUUGAAAACCCAACUGUUUUUCCAGCACCCGAAAUCGAUAAAAUCGUGAGCCAUAUCAAAGCCAAAGGCAUUGCUAGUAGAAACAGGACUCGAGUCCAUAAGCUAACUCAAGGACUUGAUAACUACACCAUCAAUCUAAUGAAGGAGAGGUGUUUGCUAUAG